GGGUAGACUAUGUUAAUAGCUUAUUGGGUAAAUUUAACAACAGCUUGCAUUAAUACAGUACCUUCAACAAAGUAAUAUAUCCCAUGGUAUUUCACAGGGUCAUUAUUAAGUAAUAUUUGAUGUUGUGCCAGAUUAUGAGAUGUAAGGAUAGAGACUGCAACAAUGCACAGUUUUCAUCCAAUCUAAAUUCAAAGAUAUAUGUACAAUGGUUUUCUUAUGACCUACUUUUAUACUGCUUUAACUUCCAAGUAUUUUACUGGUGAUGUGUCUAUGCAUUCUGAAGGCUGAACUGCAAUUCUUGUAUGUCUGUUAUCACCAUCACGAUAUUGGAAUUGCAUGGUGUCAAGUUGGAGAGACUGGUGAGGAUUGCACAAAUUUAGGCCCUGUUUGAGUUGCACUGAAUUCUCUUUCUAUUGCAUGCCAUAAAAUAAGCUUUUUCUAUAUGCAUGUACUAUCAUGAGGCUGCACGAUGACCUAAUUUGCAUUCUUUAUAGGUAUUCAUAUUGCCAGUUACAAUAUAGCAAUUAUCAAUGGUUGCUGUGUGGAAAAUGAUUUUUAUUACAACAUCAGGAGCAUAAAACAGCUUUAGAACUCUGGUGGUGGGCAAUGAGCUACUCCAUUAUGUUCACUGAGCAGUGUCGUGGGAGGAAUGCUGGGAGAAAAGUUCGUUGCUGCUGGCCUGGUUAAACAUAGUGAAAACGUAAUUGGAAAUCCACCCAUAAGGUGAACUGGUGACAUUUUAUUACUAUUGGAAAAAGACUCCUGAAGCAGCUAGCUCUCGUGCUCAUCGAAGACAUCGCAGGCAGGCGGUAUUUAGAAGAAUUAAGACACGCACUGCAACAACCCCAGUGAAUCCAUCUCGGCCGCCAUCUGGUGAAUUCUUGGAUCUCAGUUCCGCCAGCGAGGAUGACUUUGAUAGUGAAGAUAGUGAACAGGAGCUGAAGGGCUACGCCUGUCGCCAUUGUUUCACCACUACAUCCAAAGACUGGCACCACGGAGGAAGAGACAAUAUAUUAUUGUGUACAGAGUGUCGGAUUCACUUCAAGAAGUACGCGGAAUUGCCACCUAUCGAUAAACCAGUGGAUCCACCACCAUUUAUGUUUAAACCAGUCAAAGAAGAAGAAGAUGGGCUCAGCGGCAAACAUAGCAUGAGGACCAGAAGGAGCAGGGGCUCGAUGUCUUCACUGCGCAGUGGUCGUAAAAAGCAGACAGCCAGCCCUGACGGUAGAACCUCACCUAUCAAUGAAGACAUCAGGUCCAGCGGCCGUAAUUCUCCCAGUGCUGCCAGCACGUCCAGUAAUGAUAGCAAAGCGGACUCUAUGAAAAAAUCCAGUAAGAGAUCAAAGGAUGAUGUAUCAUCGCCAUCAAAGAGUGCCAAACGCCAAAGAGAAAAGGCUGCUUCUGAUACAGAAGAAUCAGAAAGACUAAAUGCAAAGAAGUCCAAAACACAGGAAAUCAGUAGACCAAAUUCACCAUCUGAAGGAGAGAGUUCUGACAGCCGCAGUGUUAAUGAUGAAGGAAGCAGUGAUCCAAAGGAUAUUGAUCAGGACAAUCGCAGCACGUCACCAAGUAUACCGAGCCCAAGGGACAAUGAGAGUGAUUCCGAUUCCUCUGCACAGCAACAAGUAUUACAGUCUCAGCCUCCUGUACAUCAGAAUCCAUGUGCCUCUUUGCCGUUAGCACAACUGGAACCACCACAAAUGCCCCCUCCAGCAUCAUCCUGCGCUGUAUCAGUUUCUCAGCAAUUGUCUCCUGUUUCACAGCCUCGAAGUCAGACACCUCCUCAUUCACUUAUGCAGCCUACACCACAGCUUCAUCCCCAGAGACUAACAUCACCACAUCCUCCAAUUCAGCAGCAGUUGCAACCUCAGUCACAACCUCUUCCCCAGACACAGCCUCAGCUUCACACUCAGGUGCAACCAUUGCCUCAUUCACUGCAAGCUCAGUCUCUGAUACAGCAUCAACUCCAAGGUCCGCCAUUCUCAAUCAAUCCUCAGCCUCCACAGCCCCAGAUACAGCAGGCUUCUGCCCAGGGGCCAACUACAACACACUCUCAGCAACAUACUUCUACACAAGUCCAAGCACAGCCUCCACCACCUCCCCAAGUACAACCGCAGUCACAGCCUCCAAGAGAGCAGCCUUUGCCACCUGCACCUGUGACCAUGCCUCAUAUUAAGCCACCCCCCACAACACCAAUUACUCCUGUUUCUAACCCACAGUCACAUAAACCACCAACUCACCUUGCAGGACCACCUCCCUUCCCACAAAUGCCUUCAAAUUUACCACCCCCUCCAGCUUUAAAACCAUUGAGCUCCCUUUCCACCCAUCACACUCCUUCUGUUCAUCCACCUCCAUUGCAGUUAAUGCCUCAAACUCAACAGAUUCAGCCUCCUUCAGCUCAACCCCCAGUAUUAACCCAAGCUCAGAGCCUUCCAGCGACUGCAACUCAUCCUCAAGCAAUAUCGCACCCUGUUCCUUCUCAGCCACCAUACGCCCAGCAUCCUUUCAUCCCAUCAGGGGCUCCUACCAUCGCCUCUUCAUCAGCAUCUGCCACAUCAAGUGUUGCGCCCAUCUCUACCAUUCAGCCUACAGCUUCCGUUGUUACAUCUAUGUGUUCUGCUGGGAACAUCACAAAUACUCCACCUGCCACAGUGACGAGCAUUCAGAUUAAAGAGGAAAUACAGGAUGAACCAGAGGAUCCAGACAGUCCUCCUCCAUCUCCAAACAGGAGUCCAUCUCCAGAACCAACAAUUGUUAGUGCACCAAGCCAUGCCAGUCAGUCAGCCAGGUUCAUCAAACAUUUGGAUCGUGGUUACAAUUCCUGUGCACGAUCAGACUUGUACUUUGUGCCACUGCAAGGAUCAAAACUGGCCAAGAAACGGGAAGAAGUAAUAGAAAAGGCUAGGCGGGAAGCUGAGCAAAAGGCCAGAGAAGAGAAAGAGAAAGAAAAGGAAAAAGAAAAGGAGAGAGAACGAGAACGGGAACGAGAGAGGGAAGCUGAAAGAGCAGCGAAAGCUUCAAGCUCCUCCCAUGAGGGACGCAUGGCAGAAUCUCAACUCGUUGGGCCAGCUCAUUUAAGGCCUUCAUUUGAACCACCGCCCACUACCAUUGCAGCUGUCCCUCCAUACAUUGGACCAGACACUCCAGCACUACGGACUCUCAGUGAAUAUGCAAGACCACAUGUCAUGUCUCCAACCAAUCGUAACCAUCCAUUCUUUGUUCCAUUAAAUGCCUCUGAUCCAAUCCUAGCUUACCAUAUGCCAAGCCUCUACAGCGCUGACCCUGCAAUGAGAGAACGCGAGCUACGUGAAAGAGAGAUUCGGGAGAGAGAGAUUCGUGAAAGGGAGUUCCGUGAAAGGAUGAAGCCAGGCUUUGAGGUUAAGCCACCUGAACUGGACGGACUGCACCCAGCUGCUAAUCCUAUGGAUCCAUUUGCUAGACAUGGUGCAUUAACAAUCCAACCAACAGCUGGAGCUCAUCCAUUCCCUCCUUUCCACCAUGGAUUGAAUCCUCUAGAAAGGGAAAGACUUGCACUUGCAGGCCCUCAGUUGCGGCCUGAAAUGUCUUACGCUGAUAGACUGGCAGCAGAAAGAAUACAUGCUGAACGCAUGGCAUCUCUUGCAAAUGACCCACUUACAAGACUGCAGAUGUUCAAUGUGACGCCACAUCAUCACCAGCAUUCACACAUACAUUCGCACUUACACCUACAUCAGCAAGAUCCAUUACAUCAAGGUUCAGGAGGUGUGCAUCCAUUGGUGGAUCCUCUAGCAGCUGGGCCACAUUUGGCUCGUUUUCCAUACCCGCCAGGUGCAAUACCCAACCCACUUUUGACCCAGGCUCCACAUGAACAUGAAAUGCUCAGGCAUCAUCCUGUUUUUGGUGGACCGUAUAGAGACCUGCCUGGUGCUAUCCCAGCUCCGAUGUCAGCAGCACACCAACUGCAGGCAAUGCACGCCCAGUCAGCAGAACUACAGAGACUAGCAAUGGAACAGCAGUGGCUACACGGCCAUCACCAUAUGCACGGAGGUCCACUUCCUGGGCAAGAAGACUAUUAUAGCCGUCUGAAAAAGGAAAGUGACAAGCCACUUUAAAUUCUGAACCAUAUGAAGGCUCACUCUGACUGACGAAGGUUACGCAACCAGUACUUUGGAAGGAGCUCUGACAUCCUACAAGAAUGACAAAAAGAGAUCUUCCUAAAACGAUUUCCAACCCCAACCCCUCACCCCACCAAAAGAGAUCAUAUGAUUUUAUUUUGUAAUAUUCAUCUGUGGAGGGGCUGGCUGUGGAUCAUUGCACGACAUUGCAUUUGAUAAUAUGACAGUCAAAAAUGCACGCUGAGCAGUGUUUCCAGCUGUUCUUGUUUUGGUACUAGACCGAGUAUCAAACGGUCACUGCACAAUGCAACCUAACUAAAACAAAACAGAAAAAGUCAACGGAUUUGCAUUCUGAUUAUAAGUACUAUAGUACAUUUUAUUACUCCUUAAAUAAUAUGUAGGAUAUCCUCACAAUUUUAAAGAAAAGUCAAAUCUAUGGCAUGGCUUUUGAGUUUGUAAAUAAAGAAAAUUAACCUUAUAAGUAAAGGAUUAGUUGUGGAUUUCUAAUUGGAUAACAGAUUGCAAAAGUUAAAUGUUUUAAACAGCUUCAACUCCUUUAAUUAAAGGAGAAGUUAGCUGUGUGGUAAUGUUUCCUCUGAAAUGGAGUGUUUUUUCUGUGUGUCUAGUAGCAGUGGCAUGCAUCAAAAGGUUGCAGGGAUUGUGGUCCAGACAAAUGUCAACAUAGAUUUUAAUUAACAUAAAAGAAGGCUACAUAAAUAGUAUUCUACCAUCACUGGGUUUGGGCAUCCCAUACCAUGCUGGUCAACAAUGCAGACUAUUACUAGACUGAUCUCUUGCCAACAGCAUGAAAGAAAUCUAGGCUCUCUGUUCUAAUCAUUAAAAAUAUUUUCAGUAUCCAAAAUAUUUAAGAAACAGUUGAAUCUUUUACCGGCGUUUUAUAGUGAUAAUUUUAUGAUUUAAUAUUAAAAAAAUUAGGAACAAAUAAGCUACUUUUAUAUUUGCGUUUAACGUAACAUCCAGCAUUUUUGCUUUCAUUAAAUAUGCAUUAAAGUAUUGCACAUACCUGUGGCAUCAUGCUAAUUUUCUGCUUGUCAACCUAUUUUGUUAUGUUGGGGAUGGAGCUGACAACCCAUAAUUAAAUAUCAGAUUCAAGGGCAUUAAUUUGUCACAAAUCAUAUUCACAAAAAUUAGGUAAAAAGUUUGGGAGUACUGGAAAAUAGGACCAAAAGUACAAAUUGAACUUCUGUCGUGAUGUUUGAUUGUGAUCACGCACCUAUCAUUAGCGUGUCAAUCAACAGAGGUUUGUUGUCAAGCAUUUAAGCAGCUUGGGCCUCCACUGUAGAGGUACAUUGUACUCAAGUAUACUCCUCUCUCCCGAUGAGAGAACUUUCAAAGAGGGGAGCUUGAGUUAGGACAAAGGCUUGUGCUUACUGGUGGACAAGUCCUUUUUAUUUCUGAAAUAAAUGCUCUGAAAAGGUGUUGAUUUAAAGAAUAAUGUUAGUCACUCAAAAAGAUUCAGUUUUAAAGUCCCUUUUCUAGAUAUAUAUACUUCAUAGUGGCUAUUUUGGUUUUGGGCUCUUGAUUACCUUGUGGAGAUUUAUAUUCAUUUUUACUCCAGUCCUUUACCGUGAUACAUUAGUAUCUGAUUUCGGCAGUGGGGGUAUCUGAGAUACUAGCAAACUGAACUGAAAACUUUUCAGUAAAUAACAUUAACUUUAGAGCAGGGGCUCACUGAUCUUGCUCUUUUGUCAAUCACAUUUUUAUAUCUAAAACAACUAAAAAUACCACUCUUAAAAAGGUUUUUGAAAGUUCAAACUUUACAUUUUAUCAAAGAAGCUAUCACUUUGUUGUCAGAAGCUGAAUGCAGAGAGUCUGGCUGAUGUCUGCACUGGGUAACUGGUUUCCUGAUGGUGCGUAUUUGUCUUUCCCCUUGAUUUUAUCAAGGACUGUAUAUUUUCCAUUGUAGACUGUUAUGUGGUGUUCACUGUCAUAGGACUGUGUUUAAUUAAAAGAAAGAACUACAUGGUGUGCUCACACCCUGGAUAGUGACACAAAGGUUCAAGUUUUUAUUUUGCUUUUGUGUUUACCGAAGUAUAAUGUUUAAUGUUGUCAAUGGUCCAGCUUCUUAUUUCACUGCAGCAUUAGCAGAAUGUACAUUCUGAUGCUAAAUUUAUAUAUAUCUUGAAGCUUAAUGUAUAUAAUAGUAGUUUGCCAUGGGAUAACACAAUGUAAACAAAAAGUAGAAGCAAAGAUUGUGAGUCCUGUGUUUUCUCCAUUUGAGUAUUUUGUAAUUUUUGAAAUAUUUGUGACUUAAAUAAACCAGACAGAGCUGCAA